AUAUAUAUUUUUUUGGCAACACUAAGUUCGGUUCAUUGACAAAGUGAUAUGAUAUACAUAAAAUAAAUUGAAGAAGCUCGACAAGAAGAGAAAACAGCAUAACUCUCUGUACACAUAUUGUUUUUAAUUAACAAGUUUUUCGUCCAGUAUGUAAAUUGCUUUUCAAUGAUGUUUUGUGUAAAAUACGUGGGAAGAAGGAAUAAUCCGAAAUCUUUUAAUGUUGCCUAUCAAGCCUUUUACUCUCGACGGAGCAGCGACAAUAAUACAACAUUGUAUAAAAUCAUCAAUGCGAAUGGGGAAUCCAUCGAUGCCACCGAUAAUGGUGAAUUUGAAACUAACAACAACUGGGAAUUGUUGACACCGAGAGGAUUUAGAUUUUACUUACCAGGUAGCAUUGGUCCUGGUUGGGUAAAUUCAUCGACUACUACUCAUAUCAAAACAGAAUUUAUUACCAUUACCGAAAAUGAUCCUACGAAUACUGUUAAUGUAAAGAAAAAUUAUAAAAAAUUAAAAGGGAAAUCAUAUAUAAAACGACCAUUGCUAUAUUGUACUGCUCAAGAAUGUCCGCUUCUAUUAAGAAAGGGCAUCGAAGAACUGUUUCCUGGCUGCCUGGAUGUAAGUGCUGCGCAAUUAACUAUCGUGACUAUAAGUCAGAAAUCUAAUCUUAAAACAUUAAGAUGGAGUAAAAUAACCGAAACUGAGAAAUUAGCAAAAUAUUUUGUAUUAGCCGCAUCAGACAUUUGUACACGAUUAAAAAUGAUUGGAUAUUGGGCAGAUUUCAUUAACCCCUUUAGUGGACAACCUUAUUUUAGUUCUCUGAAAACAAAUACUCUUUACACAACCGAUGAACGGUUUAGAUGUUUGGGCUUUAAAAUAAAAGAUAAAAAUAAUUGCAAAAUUAUUACUUAUGAGAAUAACGUAUCAAAUUUUAUAGGUAGCUUAUAUACAACAGCUCCAGCAAGCACAGAAUUUUUGAAGGAUAUUAUGAGCAAUAUCAACACAGAAUUCUAGUAAAUGUAUGUUUCAAUUUCAUAUUACUUAUUUCUGUUUCUUAGUUUCUCUAUGAAAUACAUGGAUAAAAGGAUAGUGUUAUAUCACAA